UAAAAUGUAUCUUCUUAAAAUGUGAUUGUAAACCUAACCGUAACCAUAACCACACUGCUAACCCUACGCCUAACACUAAUCUAUAAUCAAGCCCCAAAAGCACAUUUUUGUUUUCAUAAACUUUUACGAUAUAGCCAAUUUUGACUUUGUGGCUGUGGUAACUGGCGGAAAACACUGUCUAGAAAAAGCUGAACAAGACAACAGUGCAACGUUAUGAGAUGUGAGGACUGGAAUAUGUGAACGUUGUACAGUGCUGGUGAUCUUUUGAUAUAUAACCCACCAUUGAAGAUGCCUGCAGUGUCCAGUGGGGUGAAGGGCUUGUACCUCUCUACUAAUCUGGGGGACCUCAACAAGAAAGCUGAAGUCAAGCCUGACAAAAUCAACACCAGGAGCUAUGUCCAGAGUGCCUGUAAGAUUUUCAAGGCUGCGGAGGAGUGUCGUCUGGACGGAGACGAGGAGAAGUCCUACGUUCUCUACAUGAAAUACCUGACAGUCUAUGAUCUCAUCAAGAAGAGGCCCGACUUCAAGCAGCAACAGGAGUUUUUCCUGUCCAUGCUGGGGCCCACCAGCUUUAAAAAAGCCAUAGAAGAAGCCGAGAAGCUCUCUGAAAGCCUUAAGCUCAGGUACGAGGAAGUCGAGGUUCGCAAAAAACUUGAGGAGAAAGAGAGACAAGAGGAGAGGAAAAGGAGGGAGGACAGGACGGAGAAAGGAGGAGGGCGGGCGUCUCCAAAAGGAGGGAAAGAGAACAAGAAGGUGAAGGAGCAGAAGGAGUUGAAAAAUGGACCUUCAAAAGCUGCAGUGCCAGCUGGAGGGAUCACAGCAGAGGGGUUGUUCAAGAUGAUGAAGGACCAGGCCAUUACGGUCAUUGUGAUGGACGCUCGCUGCCUCCAAGACUUCCAGGACUCACAGAUCCAGGUCCCCACACAGACUGUCAUCAGUGUCCCAGAGGAGGCUAUCAACCCUGGCAUCACAGUGAACCAGAUAGAGGCCAAUCUACCUGAUGCAUCCAGAGAGACGUGGAAGAGACGGGGGUUUGUAGAUUACAUCAUCCUGCUGGACUGGUUCAGCUCUGUCACUGACCUCAAACUGGGAACCACCUUACAAAGCCUCAAAGAUGCUCUCUACAAGUGGGACAGUGCCACUAUCCUGCGUAGUGAGCCCAUGGUCCUGGAGGGAGGCUAUGAGAGCUGGCUCCUCUUCUACCCGAUGUACACAUCCAACGCCAAAGUCAGACCGCCCCGAACACACAACUACAACACCCUCCCACAGUUGAACUUCAGCUACCCGUCACUGGAGGAGCCCAAACCUCCAUCCCCCCCUCCCCCCGAGCCGGACCCUGAACCCCAGGUUCCCCCUGCCUCCCUGGGUAGCGUACAGGUGAACGGUGCCCCCCCGGAGGACCUGGCCCACUCCCACCCUGAGACCCCCUCCACAGGGAUGGAGGCUGACGCCACAGACUCACCCCGCACAGGGCCCACUCAGCCUGGAGUGGGCCACAGCAAGAAGGGCCCUGGAUCAGGACCAGGCACAACCAGCCAGCCUGGAGGGACAGCCAAGCACAUCCCACAGAUCGACCGCACCAAGAAGCCAUCAGUCAGGGUUUCAGACGGGUCUAAACCCCCCCUGGAUGCCCUCCCAAGGGACCUGCCCCCCUCCUCCCAGAAUGGCCUGUUUGGACCCCAACCCAACCGCUCGGUCAAACCGGCCUUUGACCCUUCGGUCCCGCUGACGGACGAGGAACGCAGUCAGAUCCACACGGAGACGGCUGCUCUGAUGGAGAAGGCCCGGAGAGAGCAGGAACAACGCAAACAGGAACGCAGCACCGAGGAGGAGUGGAGAGAGAGGGAACGGCGGGAAAACCAGGAGAAAGAAGAGCAGGAGAGGCCUGGGAAGGAAAAUGAGGAGGAGGAGGAGAAGAGGAGGAAGGAGAAGGAGAACGGGGUUGGGGAGGAGCGAGAGAAGAAGGGGGAGAGGGAGGAUACGCCGACAAAGAGUGCUUCUCUGGACUCGCCAGCUCCCAACCAUAUCGUCACUGAGAUUAAGGCCCCCUCCCCCAUGAAGCUUAGUAGUGCUGUAAAGAGGAGGAGCUGUCAGACUGGGAUAUUAAACCACAGAACAGCUGACGACUAUGACAUACCCAAGCGUGAGCUCCUGACCAGAGCCAGGAGUGAGGAGAUGGGUAGACGUGUACCAGGCCUGCCUGUCGGCUGGAUGAAGUUCUUAGACACGGUAACCGGUACCUACCGUUACUACCAUUCCCCAACCAACCGGGUGCACCUCUACCCCCCUGAGGUCAGCGUGCCCCAGACGCCCCCCUCCACCCCACCUACGGCCAAACACAAGCAGCCCCGCCCCGCUGAGCCAGACAAGACCAUGGACCGCGACCAGGAGCAGUCCAAACUGAAACGCUCCUACUCCUCUCCAGACAUCACCCAGGACCUGAGGGAGGAGGGGAUAAAGAAGGUUACCGCCCCUAUAACUGCUGCCCCAACCUUUAACAGGGAGACCAAACCCCCCACUGCUAACGUCUAUGCCAAGGUGGAGAUUGCCCGUCCGUCUGCGGCUAAGAUCCGUAACCUGAACCCUGUGUUCGGCGGUCUGGGCGCGUCGCUCACCGGCCUGCGUAACCUAGGCAACACCUGCUACAUGAACUCCAUCCUGCAGUGUCUCUGCAACACCCCGGCCAUGGUCGACUACUUCAACAAGAACUACUAUCAGGAGGAUAUCAACAGGGCUAAUAUCCUGGGUCAUAGGGGCGAGGUAGCGGAGGAGUUUGGUGUGAUCAUGAAGGCUCUGUGGUCGGGCCUGUAUAAGUUUAUCAGCCCCCGUGACUUUAAGAUCACCAUAGGGAAGAUCAAUGAAUCGUUCUCUGGCUUUGAACAGCAGGACUCCCAGGAGCUACUGCUGUUCCUAAUGGACGGACUGCACGAGGACCUCAACAAGAGAGCUGAUAACCGUAAGCGCUACACGGAGGAGGACAAUGAUGAUCUGGAUGACCAGCGGGCUGCUGACCAGGCCUGGAGCAAACACAAGAUGCUCAACGAGUCUGUCAUCGUAGCGCUGUUCCAGGGACAGUUUAAGAGCACUGUUCAGUGUCUCACCUGCCACAAGAAGUCACGCACCUUCGAGACCUUCAUGUACCUGACCCUGCCGCUGGCCUCGACCAACAAGUGCUCCCUGCAGGACUGUCUGAAGCUGUUUUCUAAAGAGGAGAAGCUGACCGACAACAACAAGGUGUUCUGUCGACACUGUAAAGCUCUCAGAGACUCCAUCAAGAAACUGGAGAUCUGGAAGGUCCCGCCCAUCAUACUGGUGCACCUAAAACGGUUCUCGUUCGAGGGCCGUUGGAAGCAGAAGCUGCAGACGACAGUAGACUUUCCUCUGGAGAAUCUAGACGUCAGUCAGUACGUCAUCGGACCCAGAGCCAGCCUCAAGAGAUACAACCUGUUUGGGGUGUCUAACCAUUAUGGUGGUCUGGAUGGUGGUCACUACACAGCCUACUGUAAGAACGCCGUGAAACAGCGCUGGUACAAGUUUGACGACCACGAAGUCUCCGAAAUCUCCACCUCCACCGUCAAGUCCUCCGCAGCCUACAUCUUCUUCUACUCCUCCCUGUGAGGGAGAGUCGUCCGCAGCCUACAUCUUCUUCUACUCCUCCCUGUGAGGGAGAGUCCUCCGCAGCCUACAUCUUCUUCUACUCCUCCCUGUGAGGGAGAGCUGCAGCGCUGCUCGGAGCUAUGAGGCUACAUACAGGCUAACUAACAUACAGGCUGCUUUGACUCAGCUUCCUCUGCUGGUGGGAGAAAGGAACUGAACUGGCGAGGUGUGGAGGUUUUGGUAAACUGAACUGAACUGGCGAGGUGUGGAGGUUUUGGUAAACUGAACUGAACUGGCGAGGUGUGGAGGUUUUGGUGAACUGAACUGGCGAGGUGUGGAGGUUUUGGUUAACUGAACUGGCGAGGUUUGGCGGUUUCGGUUAACUGAACUGAACUGCCAGGGACCAUACUUGUGAACUUUUGCUUAGACCAUGGUUUAAACCAUUAGUCUAAAAUGACUAGCUGCUAGCUUUUUCGCUCAGGCCAACCUGGCCAAAUUAGCCACGAUGCUGAGGAAGGCCAUCUGAGCAGAUAAUUAUAUCCGGUAGCAAAAUAACGAAUCAACCUAUCAGAGAACUUAAACGGUAGAGCCACCAUCCAAUCACAUUUGUUCAAUAGGUACAUUUGCUUCCAACUGCUUGGUUUAAUUUGUUACCCAUGGUGUAAGUGGAGUUACUCAAUAUAUUUUUGCAUGAUGCUUCCUUGACUAGGCAACUGGCAUCAUGCAAAAUGACGGCUUUUCGCAUAUAUGACCAAAUUACACAUUUUUGCUUAUCCAUUUAACACACAUCCAUGUACUUUCACUGAAAAAUGCAGGAGGAUUAUAUUGUAACUUUGUUAUUCAUACAUUGUAAAAGUCAAAGGCGAUGACUCGCGGUGUUGUCAAAUAGCAGUGAUUUACCCUCUACCGCUAGCCGGAGUGGUGGCGUGAUUUACCCGCUACCGCUAGCCGGAGUGGUGACGUGAUCCACUAGUGUGAUCUACUCCACGGUGUCGGCAUAUGGUGGCUGAGAGUUCGAAUACCAUUCGGGGGCAAGAUUAUUUUUAAGGAGAAAACCCUCCCACUGCUGGUCCUCGAGUGAAAUAGCCAAAUGUGACGAAGUAGACGAUUUAAUAAAAAUGCUAAUAAAUAAAGCCUUAUACAAUGAA